AAUUCUGCUAUUGCGCCAUUGCGAAGGAGCCUCUCUCUCUCCUCCAGGGUUUCCUCUCCUUCUCAUCUUCCUGGAGCGCAAUAGCAUUUUGAGGGAGUACCAACAUGAGUAAGCUCCAGAGCGAUGCAGUGAGAGAGGCAAUAUCCGCAAUCCUCACGUACUGUAAGGAGACUAAGCCUCGCAAAUUCACUGAGACUAUCGAACUCCAGAUAGGGCUUAAGAACUACGAUCCACAGAAGGACAAACGUUUCAGUGGAUCAGUCAAAUUGCCUCAUAUUCCCCGGCCAAAGAUGAAGAUUUGUAUGCUUGGAGAUGCCCAGCAUGUCGAAGAGGCUGUGAAGAUUGGAUUGGAGUACAUGGAUGUGGAAGCCCUUAAGAAGUUGAACAAAAACAAGAAACUUGUUAAGAAGCUGGCCAAGAAAUACCACGCUUUUCUUGCAUCUGAAUCCGUUAUCAAGCAGAUUCCCCGUCUUCUAGGUCCCGGUCUCAACAAAGCAGGUAAGUUCCCUACCCUUGUGAGCCACCAAGAGACAUUGGAGUCGAAAGUCAAUGAGACAAAGGCAACUGUGAAGUUCCAACUCAAGAAGGUCCUUUGCAUGGGAGUCGCUGUGGGAAACCUCGCAAUGGAGGAGAAGCAGAUAUUCCAGAAUGUUCAGAUGAGCGUUAACUUCCUCGUUUCGCUCUUGAAGAAGAACUGGCAAAACGUGAGGUGCUUGUACUUGAAGAGCACAAUGGGUCCAACAAAUCGUAUCUUUUGAGAUUCUUGGAGCUUUUGUGAAAUUCUUGCCACAGGUAAUAGAAUACAUAUCAGACUCCUUUUUCUUUGUCAUUCGUUUUGGACGCAAGAGUAAGAACAUGGAUUUUUUUUUUUGGUUAAGACGUCCAUUUUGUAUUAUGAGAAACCUGUCUUAAUCCAUUUAAUUAUCUGUUUUUGUUGAAAGAA